ACCCAACGAGCAAGAGAGCACACUGCACAGUGAGACUGGUACCUCAGCACAUCUCGAGAGCAGUGUCUGCCGCUUUUGAAAAGGCCUCUUGUCACUUUCCACCCGCUUUUGUCUCACUCGCUGGCUGCCAGUCAGUCAGUUUUGCGUGCGACGUCGCCGAGGAUGCAUCCGCUCUCGUGAAUUUGAGGAUCGAAAUAUACCCGGCCAUGGAGAACGCGACUGCCGACGAUGAUUGGUGGGCGGACGCUGAGGAAAUGGAUUCGCUGAUGCCGGUGAGCGCCCUGCAAAACCUGGUCGACAUUCCCCUGUCCUCGGAGAGCAUCUCGAGCAUUGGCUUUCUGCCACCACCUCCGCGGCCCUCAGCAGAGAUCCUGGCGCUCGACGAGUUGGGCAGCGAAGCCUUCACGUCGAGCUGCGACCUUUGCUCUUGGGCUUGGAGCAACCCAGCCUUUGCCAUAGACCCUAAUCGAAUUUCGCCUCUUGCUCCUGUGUCGUACGGCGAGCUUGGUUGGACCCUGACACUCAUCAUUGUCGCAUUGCUCUCCGCAGUGAUUGGAGCGAUCGUCACAGUCACGAUUCUUCACUGCAGAAGAAUGAAAGGGAUUCAGUCGUCGUGCUGCAACAGUGAGGACGAGGACGAGGGGCGUACGGCGUCGUCGACGCCGGAAAAUCAAAAUCCUCAAAACCCGUUCGCCGGCGACAACAAAACGCCACCGCUGCCGUCAUCGCGGAGGCCGAGGGGCGGCUUUUGGAGCCGCCUCUUCAACAGACACCCCAUCUCGUCGAGGGGCCGCUGCGAGAGCAGUCUGCAGCGCCGCCCGCCUCGCCGCCUCUGUCCUCCGGCGCCGCCGACUAAUGAAAAUCACUACACCGUCACGGGAAGGUCAUCAGUAGACACGACAUCACACGCGGGAGAAGAAGCCCUGUACGCAGAGCUGGAAAGGGGAGCCGACCCUGCGUAUCAAAACACCGGUUACCAGAAUCCCGAGUUGGACCCUGAGGCGCCGCCGAGCGCGCCCAGCAGCGCCUACUACUCGGACCUGAGCUGCGGACCUGACAGGAUGUACGAGGCAGUGGGCGAGGGGAUGGCCACCUGGCACACUCUGGACCUCGACUCCUACCGCCACCACGACCUGAUCAUGACCACCUCCCUCGUCGCCAAGACAGUACCUUCGGACUAUAUUUAAUUUCACCUGCACGCAUGUGCAGAAAUUAAUUAUUCUUCCUGUUUGCCAUAUAUACGCAAUUAUGUUGUUAAAAUGCUUGAGACUUCGCCUGAUACAUGUUUUUUGAUAAAUGGUGUGUAGCAAAAUUUGUGAUGCAUUUUUAAAAUAUUAUUUUAUAUGUUUUAAGAGGAAAAAUGUGAUUUUGUUGAUCAUUAUGACUAACACACGACGUGAAACAGUCGGUUUAUGGUGGUUUGUUAAGUUUGAAAUUCUAGGACAUGCAUUUACUAAAAUUAAAUUAUGUUUUUCAGACUGCUUUGAUGUUAGGAUUUCACAAGCUAUUGUACUUAAUUAUGUAGGUUAAACAUAAUAAAAUCCAAUUGAGCUAUA